GCCGGCACCACAUCUGAACCGGCCAUCCGCGCACCCCCCCCCAAUCGCUGCCCAGAGAUGCCCAACGGUAGGGGCAACAGCCAGGUUCCGCCAGCAGGCUCACACGACGAAUCAUCGUCGCUCAACCUCAACCUCGCUCAGGCGCACUCCAAAGACCACAUCGCCUACUUUCACAACCAGGAGGUUGCCGGCUACCACUAUGGCGAAGGUCACCCCAUGAAGCCGCCGAGAUUGGCCCUGACACACAAUCUCAUCAUCGGCUACGGACUGCACAACAAGAUGGAGGUCUAUCGGCCACGCAAGGCCACGGAGGAAGAGAUCCACGAGUUCCACCGGGCCGACUACAUUGACUUUCUAAAGCGGAUACGACCCGAGAGCCCCAUCUCCUUUCUCAACUUUGGCCAAAAGUUCAACAUGGGUGUCGAGGACUGCCCGGUAUUCGAGGGCAUGUUUGAGUUCUGCAAGACCUAUACCGGUGGCUCGCUCGAGGGCGCCCGAAAACUGGCAUCUGGAUAUAGUGAUAUUGCGAUCAAUUGGUCCGGCGGACUGCACCAUGCCAAGAAGUUUGAGGCCUCGGGGUUCUGCUACGUCAACGAUAUUGUCCUGGCUAUCUUGGAGCUCCUUCGGCACUAUCCUCGAGUCCUCUACAUCGACAUCGACGUCCACCACGGCGACGGCGUCCAGGAGGCCUUCUAUCUCUCCAACCGGGUCAUGACGUGCUCCUUCCACCGGUACGACGGCGGCUCAUUCUUCCCGGGCACAGGCUCUCUCGACGAGAUCGGCGCCCGGGCCGGCAAGUACUAUUCGAUCAACGUUCCGCUCAACGAAUACAUCGACGACAGCUCAUACGCAUACAUAUUCAAGUCGGUCAUGAGCAACGUCAUCGAGAUGUUCCGGCCCUCGGCAAUUGUGCUGCAGUGCGGUGCCGACUCCCUCGCUGGCGACCGGUUGGGCUGCUUCAAUCUGUCCAUCAAGGGUCACGGCGAGUGUGUCAAGUUCAUCAAGUCCUUCAAGAUCCCAAUGCUUGUUGUUGGCGGAGGCGGAUACACCAUCCGCAACGUUGCACGGUGUUGGACGUACGAGACCUCGAUCUUGACCGAGACCAUGCUGCCAAACAACCUGCCCGACAACGAAUACUACCAGCACUUUGGGCCGGACUACAAGCUGCAUCCGCCCAUCGUUGAUCCGAACCGUGAAAAUGCCAACACCCGCCAAAGCCUCGACAGCAUCCGCAUCAAGAUUGCCGAGUAUCUCCGGUAUCUGAACGGCGCUCCAAGUGUGCAGAUGCAAGAAAUCCCGCCCGAUAUCCAGGGUUUCAUGGAACGCGGUAACUGGGAGGUGGACAUGGCCGAGGAUCACAAUCCAGACCAGCGAACAGAGCAACAAUACGACUCGGAGGGCCACAAGCGCAAGCGAGACCGGGAGCUCGCUGAGUACGAUGAGCGCGAGUUCUAUUCCAGCGACCGGGACCAGGAUCAUGGCUCGUGAUCCCGCUACCGGCGAGCGAUCCAGGCUGAGAGCUGAGAGAAUGUGAGAGUGCGUGACGGAGUAUGCGAGCGAUGCAGCGGUCGAUCGAGCGUGCUGCUUUGGCGAUGGUUGGCGACUCUGGUGGGUAUCGGCAAGCGCAUCAGACAUGCAAACCAUCAUCUCCCCCCCUUCAAUCCACCCCAAUACACAUGCAUGCAAUCCAA